AUGGCGCUGCUGAGUAACAACAAGAUCACGGUGCUGGAGAACGGCUCCUUCUUCGGGCUGCGGGCUCUGGAGAAGCUGGACCUGAAGAACAACCUGAUCAGCACGGUCCAGCCAGGCGCCUUCCUCGGCCUCCCCGAGCUGAAGCGCCUGGACCUCUCCAACAACCGCAUCGGCUGCCUGAGCGCCAGCGUCUUCCAGGGGCUCCCCAACCUCCUCAGGCUGAACAUGUCCGGGAACAUUUUCUCCAGCCUCCCGCCCGGCGUCUUCGACGAGCUCCCCUCCCUGAAAGUCGUGGACUUCGCCACCGAGUACCUGACGUGCGACUGCAACCUGCGCUGGGUGCUGCCCUGGGCUCGCAACCGCUCGGCGCAGAUCUCGGAGCGGACGGUGUGCGUCUACCCCCGGCACCUCCACGCCUUCCCCCUGCGCAGCGCGCGGGAGAGCCAGCUCCGCUGCGCGGGCGCCCCGGAGCUGCACACCCACCACCUCAUCCCGUCGCUGCGCCAGGUGGUUUUCCAGGGUGACCGACUGCCCUUCCAGUGCACUGCCACCUACCUGGACAACAGCACCCAGAUCCGAUGGUACCACAACCGUGAGCCGGUGGAGGAGGACGAGCGGACGGGCGUCAUUGUGGAAGAAAGCCUCAUCCAUGACUGCACCUUCAUCACCAGUGAGCUCAUCCUCUCCAACAUCCACGUCUCCGCCAACGGUGAGUGGGAGUGUGCCGUCUCCACCUCCCAGGGCAACGUCAGCAAGAAGGUGGAGAUCGUGGUGCUGGAGACCUCCGCAUCCUACUGCCCUGCCGAGCGGGUCACCAACAACCGCGGGGACUUCAGGUGGCCCCGCACCCUGGCAGGCAUCACCGCCUACCAGCCCUGCCUGCAGUACCCCUUCGCCGCGGGGCCGGCCGGCGGGGGCUCGGCAGUGGAGAAGCAGGCGUGGCGGCGCUGCGACCGCGCCGGGCGCUGGGAGGAGGGUGACUACUCCCACUGCCUCUACACCAACGACAUUACCCGCGUCCUCUACACCUUCGUGCUGAUGCCCAUCAACGCCUCCAACGCCCUGACCCUGGCUCACCAGCUCCGCGUCUACACAGCCGAGGCGGCCAACUUCUCGGACAUGGUUGAUGUCCUCUACGUGGCCCAGAUGAUAGAGAAGUUUAUCGGCUAUGUGGACCAGAUCAAGCAGCUGACGGACGUGAUCGUGGAGAUGGCCAGCAACAUCAUGCUGGUGGAUGACCACAUCCUGUGGAUGUCACAGAAGGAGGAGAAGGCUUGCACCAGCAUCGUCCGCUCCCUGGAGAAGAUCGCUGCCCACACGCUCAGCAGCAACUCCCAGCACAUGGCAGUGAACUCACGCAACAUCGCCUUCGAGGCGUACGUGGUGAAGCCUGAGAGCUACGUGGGGCUGAGCUGCGUGGCUUUCCAGCGGCAGGACGGGGGUCUGGCCGGGCGUCCCCCUCCUGCCGAGCGGGGGGCCGAGCCCAUGCCCGACCAGCAGCUGAGGCUGCGCUGCACCACGGGGCGUCCCAACGUCUCCCUGACUAGCUUCCACAUCAAGAACAGCAUCGCCCUGGCCUCCAUCCAGCUGCCGCCCAGCCUCUUCGCCAGCCCUGUCCCAGCCACGCCGCUGGCCGACUGCAAGCUCCAGCUGCUGGUCUUCCGCAACGGCAAGCUCUUCUGCAGCACAGGCAACUCCUCCCGACUGGCCGACGACGGCAAGCGCCGCAGCGUGGCCACGCCGGUCAUCUAUGCCGGGACCUAUGGCUGCGGAGUGGGAAACCUGUCGGAGCCGGUAGCUGUGUCGCUGCGGCACCCCGGGGAGGGUGCGGACCCGGUGGCCGCGUACUGGAACUUCGAGGUGCUGGGGGGCAUGGGGGGCUGGAGCGCCGAGGGCUGCCAGCUGGCUGCCCGGGAGCCCAACGUCACCUCCCUCCACUGCCGGCACCUCAGCAACGUGGCUGUGCUCAUGGAGCUGAGCGGUUUCCCCAGCGAGGCGCGAGGUGCCGUGGAGGUGCUGCACCCGGCCAUGUACACCUGUACGGCCGUGCUGCUGCUCUGCCUCUUCACCACCAUCAUCACCUACAUUGUCAACCACGGCACCAUUCUCAUCCCGCGGAAGGGCUGGCACAUGCUGCUUAACCUCUGCUUCCACAUCGCCAUGACGGCCGCCGUCUUCGCAGGAGGCAUAACCCUCACCGGCUACCUGAUUGUCUGCCAAGCGGUCGGCAUCAUCUUGCACUACUCCUCCCUCUCCACCCUGCUGUGGAUGGCGGUGAAAGCCAGAGUGCUCUACAAGGAGGUAACCUGGAAGGCCCCGCAGCAGCCAGAUGGGGACACGUCCCAGCCGGCCCCCAGACCCAUGCUACGAGGCUGGGGGGGGGGGUGCGCCGGUGGGAUCCCCCUCAUCAUCUGCGGGAUCACGGCAGCCGUCAACAUCCACAACUACCAUGACAACAACCCCUACUGCUGGCUGGUGUGGCGGCCCAGCCUGGGGGCUUUCUACGUCCCCGUGGCUUUCAUCUUGCUCGUCACCUGGAUUUACUUUCUCUGCGCUGGGCUCAGUCUCCAGUGCCGACCGUCACGCCGGAAAGACGUCCCUGAGCCACUGGAGCCACCGCCGCGGCUGGGGGGUGCUGGCGACCUCCUGACAGACUCCGGGUCCAUCUCGGUCACGCUGAACUCGGGACCACCCUGCCCGGAGGCGGAUGGCGUCUACUCUCUGCAGGUGCAAUUCUGGGCACUGGUGACCACCCACGCCUUGUACGUCACCCUGUGGACGUUCGGCGCCAUGGCUGUGUCCCAGCGCUGGUACUUGAACAUAGUCUUCAGCUGCCUCUACGGCAUCACCGCCGUGGCGCUGGGACUCUUCAUCUUCAUCCACCAUUGCGUCCGGCGCCGGGAUGUCCUCAACUCCUGGUUCUCCUGCUGCCCCUCCUACAGGAACGCCCUGCCCAUGCAGGCAUACGUCCACCCCGGGCUGGUGCCAGAGCAUGGCUCGCAGGUCUUCAUCGGCUGCGACCCGGAGGCAGCUCGCUCCGGCGCCUCCUCCUCCUCCUCACCCAGCAGCACCGGCUCGGCCGGGGGCCGCUGCAAACUCACCAACCUGCAGGUAGCCCAGAGCCAGGCAGACGCCCGCCCGGCCGCUUGCCUGGAGCCAGACCCUGCCGAUGGCAAGACCACCGGCGCCAGCAGGCACGCCAGCAACCUCCACGGCCGCAGGAACCACCGGGGCAGAACUAAGCAGUGCCGGGACGGGAAGCACCACCGCUUGAAAAUGCUGCGGGGCCCCUCCUCGGAGCAUCCCUCCAGCGAGAGCGGGAGCCUCCACAACAGCCACUCCGAGAGCCACCACGCCAGCAGAGACAACCUGCGGCAAGCCAAUGCCGCCGAGAAGGAGGCGAAGCGCCGGUCCUACCCGCUCAAUGUGGCCAGCCACAACGGUGGCCUCAAGGGCAGCAAGUACGACAUCAACCUGGCCAGCGCCGACAGCGUGGCUGGGAUGAAGACCGGCCUCUGGAAGAGCGAAACCACCGUAUAA